CUAACGUAUAUUCAUGCCGAUUCUUUUCAGCGUUUGUUAUGCGCUAAAUUAUUUGGUACGAUUACGUCAUCACGCCGUGCUCGACGCCAUGGCCUGCCUCACUUUAGAUUACAUAAAGUGAAGAAUAUCAAAAUGUGGCUUUGUCUUAGAUCCAUGUUGAAGGUGCGUUGAAAGUCGAAGAUUUUAUGCCUAACUAAACUAACUUUAUUUCUACUGGAUAGUUCUAUCAGUUCUAAACUGUUCUUCCUAGAGGUCCAGUAAGAAUAAUCUCUUAUUGAUCCAGUGUUACUACAGGAGGAAACCUAAACUAAAUUACCUUUAUUUCUACUGGAUAGCUCUAUCAGUUCUAAACUGUUCUUCUUAGAGGUUCAGUAAGGAUCAUCUCUUAUUGAUCCAGUGUUACUACAGGAGGAAACCUAAACUAAACUAACUUUAUUUAUGCUGGAUAGCUCUAUCAGUUCUAAACUGUUAUUCCUAGAGGUCCAGUAAGAAUCAUCUCUUAUUGAUCCAGUGUUACCACUAACUUCAUUUAUAGUGGAUAUAUUUAUCAAUCCUAAAGUACAUCAUAUUAUAUUUUACUUAUAUUCCAUUGUUCGCUUCUCAUUUCAGAGACGAGGACCACAGCGUUCAGUUGGCGUUAUUAUAUCCUCUACCUUUCUUUUGGGGAUCUGUUUGGUUGUUAUAACCUGCGUUCAGGUGGGAAUCCAUCGACGUUGUGACGUAUUGCCGACGGUUUGGCAAGCUAUAUUAAUGAGCACGUUACUAAAGAUUUUAGUCUCACCCGAGAUGCAGAUAAAAGAUCGUCACAGUUUCCAGCCCAUAUAUAGCCUGCGAACAGACGUUUAUUCAGGUGGACCUAGUACUAGACCUGAAUAAACGCCUGUUCGCAGGCUAGCCAUAUACAAUACACACUGUCAGGAAAUGUACACUACUGGAUAUACACAUUGAUGUAUUGUCUUUUUUUUUCAGCUUCUCAAAGGAACUGAAAAGGAAAGAUUUUUGUCUAAAUUAUUCAACGUAGAAGUAUUUAUUUGGUAAGGAGAGAACAGUCAAGAUCAAACGAGGAUGAGAGUGUACAUGAGAGUUCACAGUCACGUGAUCUUGGUUAGCUGUUCUUAAUGCUUUCCCAACACCAUCAUGUAUUCUAUUGAAGUUAAAACAUAGUUGGAACAUUCAUCAAACCUUUAUUUUGUUAAUCUAGAGCCUAGGAAUGCCCCCCUGUAACAAUGUGUGACUGUCAACUCUCAUGGACUUUCAUUUUCGCCAUGCAAACCUACCAAGAACUUGUCAAAGAUCAUGGGCGGACUUACUGGGGGGGGGAGGGUUAGGAGGGGUUACCCCCCCCCUAGAACCUCUCUAACCCCUCCCAUAAGUGUUCAACUUCACCAAAAUUUCGCUUCACCCCUCCUAUUUUGUGUGAAAGUCUUUAACCUUAACCCCUACCGAAGCUCGCUCGGUGGUGCCGCCGUUUGCACCCCACUAGAAAUGUUUCCACCCCUCGUUUAAAAAAUAUGAAAAUCCGCCCUUGUCAUAGAUACCUAACUCAACUCUUUCAUCUCCAGGUCCCUUGUUUUGUGGAUCUAUCAGUUACGAUUUGUGACGCUAGGAUCGAAGAUAAAUAGAAAAUUUCGAAAUAACUCCGUUCUAAUGACAGAACAGUUAAAUCUUUAUCUGCAAAUGGAGAAGAAUCCUGCAAAGAAAGAUGAUCUCAUGAUUGCCAAUAAUGUUUUAAAACUUGCCACGAAACUAUUAAAGGUAAGGUUGAGGAGAUGUUGGUCUUAGAAUGAGUCUCACUGUAGGCCCUUGCUCAGCUGCAUAAAUAUAAGUCAAAACAUUGAGUGACAGGAUGGUAUGGAGAACAGUGAGAUUUUAAAACAAUGAAAAGACAAUGGAACAUUCUGAUCACUGGAUGGUAUGGAGAACAAUGGGAUUUUAAAACAAUGAAAAGUUAAUGGGACAUUCUGAUCACUGAAAUCUGAAUGGUAUGGAGAACGAUAGGAUUUAAAAAUAUUGAAAAGACAAUGGAAAUUCUGAUCACUGAAUGGUAUGGAGAACAAUGGGAUUUAAAAACAAUGAAAAGACAAUGGAACAUUCUGUUCACUGGAUGGUAUUGAGAACAAUGGGAUUUUAAAACAAUGAAAAGACAAUGGAACAUUCUGAUAACUGGAUCAUGACUGGAUGGUACGGAGAACAAUGGGAUUUUAAAACAAUGAAAAGACAAUGGAACAUUCUGAUCACUGGGUCGUGGCUGGAUGGCACGGAGAACAGUGGGAUUUUUUAAACAAUGAAAAGACAAUGGAAUAUUCUGGAUGGCACUUUUGUUAUAUUCUUAGUGAAACUUAUCUACCUAGUCCUGCAUGGCCACUGAUCUGUCUAAAUUUACUGAUUUUUUAUCUCUGUAGGAUUUAGAAAGUCCGUAUAAGAUAUCGGGUUUGGCAACCAAUCCAUUAUUAUAUAAUAUAACAAGAGUUGUUGUGCUAUCAUUGAUCUCUGGUGUCAUGUCGGAUCUACUGGGCUUUCGGUUAAAGGUAAAGCAUUUCAUUUAAGACAGGUGUCGGUCUUGCACCUUCUGUCACUGAGAUUCAAUUCCUGCAAUAUCCAGUUGUCUGAUCAUAAUUUCACCUCAGUCACAUGUGAGAAGAGUGCUUCCAGUUUGACUCUACCAAACACCACAGGUUUUCCCUGAGCACUAUGGCCUCCUUACUGGCCCUCUAGGGAGAACAGUUUAGAACUGAUAGAACUAUCCAGUAUAAAUAAAGUUAGUUUAGUUUAGAUUUCCUCCUGUAGUAACACUGGAUCAAUAAGAGAUAAUCCUUACUGGACCUUUAGGAAGAACAGUUUAGAACUGAUAGAGCUAUCCAGUGUAGAAAAUUAAGUUAAAAUAAUUCAUUGAUUGUAGGUAUGGAAGAUUAAAGCGUGAUUAUUAUUGGAUGGAGUUAUGAAAUGAAAUAUAUGUAUGUGUAAAUAUGUGAAAGCAAACAUAUCAAUGGAGCUGGGCAUCUAUCUCUUGAUCCAUCAGGUAUAUAUUUUCUUAUAAAAAACUGAUUUAAGAAUUUCAAGCCUUUAUCUAAAGUAUUAGUCUGUGCAAAGAACGAAAUGCAAAGGAAAUAUUGUUAAAGAUUUAUUUAUAUAAUAUAUAUAGCAUUAUCUAUGUAUAUGUCGUGCAAUUUACAUACAAUGCACAGGCGACCUGAACCACCUUUUUACUUCAUUGAGAGAUUUGUUAUUAUUGUUAUAUAUUUGUUAUAAGUUAUUUUGUUAUUUUCAAAUAUAUUAAUAUGUUUGAAUUGUUUGAG